GACUCACUUAUCGAACGAACGUCGAUUUCGAGUGAUAAGAGUAUGGGCACAGCUAUAAAGUAAACAAGGAAAAAAUCAUCCCCUUUGCUAUCAUUCGCAUACCUGUCGGUUUUCGCGAACGGAACGGUACACAUUCGCGACAGCAGUUUUACUAAAAAAUCAUCUUCCCAAAACGGUGGUGUUUAAAAGUGAAGAAUUUGUGAAAGAUUUGUGUUCAUCUGGUCCCCGAUGGCUACGAUUCCCAUUUUUUCACCCACGCUUCCCUUUCUGGGGCUUAUACCUGGUGGAUUAAGCCCGGGCCGUAUGGUACGCAUCAAGGGCAUCAUUAACAGCCACGGUGAACGCUGCCAGAUUCACCUGCAAGCGGGCGCUGCCGUCAACCCACGCGACGAUGUCCCGCUGCACAUUAGCAUCCGGCCGAAUGAGCAUGCGAUCGUGCGAAACUCCAUCCAAAAUCAGGUGGUCGGUGCCGAGGAGCGGUACGGCGGUUGUCCGAUCCGGUAUGGCGAAAGCUUCGAUAUGCUGAUAUUGGCCGAAACGUUGCAGUACAAAAUAGCGAUCAACGGGGUCCAUUUCUGCACCUUCGCCCACCGGUUGCCGGUGCAUAAUGCGCGCUACAUUUCGGUCAGUGGCGGUGGCGUUAUUUAUUCGAUCAUUUCCGAAGCGGACGUACCGGGAUCGGUACCGGUGAAUCCCUAUCCGCCACCACCGAUAGUGCAACAUCCAACACCGUACGCUCCACCGAUUGGCUUUGUGCCGAAUGCUCCCCCGUCAACCUUACCACCGCCACCGCCGUACACACCGUUGCCGACGCACCCGAUCGGUGGUGGAGGUGGCCACUAUCCAGGAGUCGGCAUAUACCCACCGCCACCGCCGCCACCACAGCAACCCGGCUACCCGCAUCAUCCACCGCCCGGAGCACAUCCGCCGGCCGUGCCCUUCUCGCCCACCAGCAUUGGAUCGUCGGCCGGGAAUGAAGGGAACCGCAUUAAGAUGAAGGGUCCGCUUAAACAAACGCUCGCUAGUGGUAUACAGCAAACGCAGGAUUUUCUCCGGAGCGCAAUCGGCGACAAAAAGCAUCACACUGCUCCACCUUCAGUUCAAACUCAUCCUCAUUCAUCCGGUGGUCAGCUCGGUUUCGUGACGAUGCCUCCGGCCGGACCGAGAUAUGGGGCCCCAGCGUAUCCUACGGCUCCACCACCUCCAUCCCUUAACCCACCCGGUUAUGGUCCACAGCACCGUAACCCCCAGCCGGGAGGUUUCGGUACGACAGCGGCUUCGAGUGCAUUAGCGGCCGGUGCGACCGCUGCCAUUGCUUCGAAAGUCCUUCCUGUACGUUCGUUUGUAAAUGUCUGUUUAAAGGGAAAACCAAAAAGUUACUAAAAUACGGUGCCGCUGCUGGUGCAGCAGGUCUUGGAGGGUACGCGCUGUCGAAGGCGUUCCGGCGUAAAGGCAGUAGUAGCAGUAGUAGUAGCAGCAGUAGCGACAGUGAUUAGAUUUUACCAUUACUCCCAAUCACACACUCACAAUGUGGUUCCAGCGCACAAUAUUCCACACACACACACACACACACGUGGUUAACACAUUUUUCUAAACAAAUCAAUGGCUGUAAUAAAACAAUUUGAAACUAUUUA